AUGGGCCAGAUUAGGAAGGGCGGUACAACAGUGGGACUUGGCGUUGGUGUUUUGGAACAUCAAAGAUGGACAGGGUUUUCGCGGAGGUCGCUCCUCAGAUAUCUCCACAACUACAGAUCGGGGAUCUUCCAAAAUCGAGAAGAUUGGUGCAUAUGGCUAGGUCUCUUCACCUUACAAUUUGUAUGGCACUUUGGCCCGGGGUUGUGGUGUGGUAGGGGAGAACGGGGGAUACUCCCACACAGGAGUUUCGAACAACGUCCGGUUCACGUUUGGCUGGAUAACUCCACCACCACACAGGUGAAGAAUGAGUUUGAUAAGAGUGAGAUUAUUGAUAAGUAG